AUGUCCUCCACCUUCACGACCAAGCAAGUCGCCGAGCACAACACCGUGGAAAAAGGCCUAUACAUCAUCAUCGACAACGACGUCUACAAGCUCGACUCGUUUGUGGAUGAGCAUCCGGGCGGGGCGAAGAUUCUGAAGAGAGUGGGGGGCAAGGAUGCGAGUAAGCAGUUUUGGAAGUACCAUAACGAGGGUGUGUUGAAGAAGUAUGGUGCGAAGCUCAAGAUUGGGUCGGUCAAGGAGGAGGCGAAGUUGUAA